AUGGCGCAGGCCGAUGACGAGGAGGAAGGUCAAGGGCCUAAUCCGGGGGAUGAGCAUCCGGAGGAAAAUACUGUGCUUUUAGAUGCUCUAACUUGGAGGAUUCCCCUGGUUAGUGACAUUCCAACAAUAAUUUUUGGAGCUGAUGUAACUCAUCCAGAGUCAGGAGAGGACUCAAGUCCAUCUAUAGCUGCUGUUGUAGCCUCACAGGACUGGCCUGAAAUUACAAAGUACGUGGGUUUGGUAUGUGCUCAGCCUCAUCGGCAAGAACUAAUUCAAGAUUUGUUCAAAACCUGGCAAGACCCUGAGAGGGGUACGGUUACUGGAGGCAUGAUCAGGGAGCUCUUACUGUCGUUUAAGAAGGCCACUGGACAAAAACCACUAAGAAUAAUAUUUUACCGAGACGGUGUUAGCGAAGGCCAGUUCUACCAGGUUCUGCUUUAUGAACUUGAUGCAAUUCGUAAGGCUUGUGCAUCACUGGAAGCUAGUUAUCAACCCCCAGUUACAUUUAUUGUUGUCCAAAAGCGGCACCAUACGAGACUCUUCUCGAGCAACCACGAAGACAGAAAUAGCACUGACAAGAGCGGAAAUAUCCUACCUGGAACAGUGGUGGACACUAAGAUUUGUCAUCCUACUGAAUUUGACUUUUAUCUAUGUAGUCAUGCAGGAAUCCAGGGCACUAGUCGACCUGCUCAUUAUAAUGUUCUCUGGGACGAGAACAAUUUUACUGCAGAUGAGAUACAAUCUCUGACAAAUAACCUUUGUUAUACGUAUGCUCGAUGCACACGAUCAGUUUCUAUAGUGCCUCCUGCGUAUUAUGCUCAUCUGGCAGCUUACCGAGCUCGAUUCUACAUGGAACCUGAUGCCCCUGAAAAUGGGAAAAUCCGACACAUCCGCCCCUUACCUCCUUUGAAAGACAAAGUCAAGAAUCUGAUGUUUUACUGUUAAACCAACUCAAACAAAGUGGAACACAAGUACAUAGGAUAGAGAUAUUUCUCUAUCAUUCACUCACUCUAAUUAUGUAGCUCUAUGUUUUUAUUAAGGUAAGGAAUGAAUAUGUAGUCUCAUACAAACGAAUUAAUUGGUGGGCAGAGCAUAUUAAUGGUAGAAAUGAUGGAUGGAUGACCAUCAUAUGAAAUCA